CGUGGGGAGACGCUGUAGCAGCACCCUGUGGGUGGUGGACGCAGGUGGCGCAGCGCCCAGGCCUGCAGCGGGUGCUGGCGGGGCUCAGCGGGCGGUGCAGUGGAGCGCCGCCACCUGCUGAUAACACACACUGUUUUUGGCCAGAUAAGCCUUUUUACUAUCAGCCGAGAGCUUCCACUGCCAGUGUCCCUCCGCGUGUGCCAACCGCUAGCCGUGCCGCACCCUUCAGGCUCUGCCACUGUUAUCCUUCGUUUGUCUGCCCCUCCCACCUCGUCCCGCUCCGGCCGGAGGCUCUCCUACCGCCCGUGUUGGAACUACAGUCUGCUAGGCACCGUGCCCUGGGGCGCGCCAGCAUGGCGGCCCUACCCACCCCUGCGUCUCCACCCGUCAGAACUGGUUCCCUCACUACAGGUCCCACCGCCGUGACUUCUGCCCCCCAGGUCGUAAUGUGACCCCUCCUCCUCUACGACUGUGACCCAUUACUGGUACUUGAGUGGUUAAGUUGGUGCUGAGGUGAAGUGAUCCUAGACAAGUGACCCGUAAGUGUGGUGACCCAGAGUGGCCUAGAGUGGCCCGAAGGUCCAUCGGACGAGUGGUGACAGCCGGCCACCGAUAGCACGAUAAGUGGUACCGACCUGAUUAAGUGUCGCGGCGCAGAGACAGUGGCACAGGGGGUGACGGCCCCGGUGGGGCACCUGAAUGGAGGACGCGCCCCCCGCCGCCUGUCAGGGCCUGGACACAUGGGGAUUGAUGCGAGGCGCGUCACGCUCUGCUCCGGCGGGAGUGUCUCCGCCCUCCUCGGCCUGCUGCUCCUGGCGGCGGCGGCCACCUCCCAGGCGGCCGCCAUCCGUGGCACAGAGUCCCCGGCCACUAUCCAGGACCCACCGCGGCCUGGCACCACCCCGAGCAGUGUGCACCACGCGGCCCUCAACAUCUCGGCGAAGCCAACACCCGUAAGCAGAAACGGCGUGUCCUUCCGCGAGCUGUGCAACACCAAGGUAAGGUGGGCGCCGCCGCCCCAUCACGUGGACCAUGACCUGGAUCCCCUGCACAAGUACUUGCCGCCGGCGUGGUCCACUCCUGCUGCGAGUGAGGCCGAGACGCCCGCCACGCGGGUGGGGUCGUCGCUGCCCGAGGGAUGCCACGACGUGGGCCGCGUGGGCCACAAGACGCUGCGGUGCACGGGCACCAACCUGACGCAGAUCCCGGACCUGUCGCUGGAGCGCAACGUGGACUCGCUGGUGUUCCUGGAGACAGGCAUCCAGGUGGUGAGUGACGUGCGCCACCUGCCGCGCUCCGUGCGUGACCUCACCUUCUCCCACGGCCCCCUCGUCACCUUCAACGGCCUCAGGUUUUACCAGAUCUCCGGCCUGGACUCACUCACGCUGGAACACAACACACUCAGCACCUGGAGCUUCGUCACCGCCUUCUACUCCCCCGACGCGCCCAAGAACGCCACCAUCCGAACCCUGCACCUACAGAACAACCUCAUUACCUACCCGCCUGAGCCAAUAGGAAGUAACGAGUCUGUGCUGCCCCUGCUGGAGACACUCGUGAUGAGCAACAACCCGAUGUGUAACCUGCCCGGCAACUUGUUCCUGCCACUCUGGGCCAGCAAACUCACCACACUACUCCUCAGAAACUGUUCCCUCUCCCAGUUCUACGGGUCGCCACUGGAGCCGGUGUCUGGCAUACAAGUGCUGGACCUGAGCAACAACCCAGGCCUGUCUAACGAGGAGCUGUACGAGCUGUUUGGGCCGCUGAGCGAGGGGCGCCUCAGGGAGCUGUACCUGGCUAACAACAAUUACGUCAUCGUUCCUACUGAGGCCCUGAAAGUGGUAAGUGGCGGCCUGGAAAAGCUGGAUCUUCACGGGGCAGCCUUCCAGUGCCUCGACAACACCUCCUUCCCACUCCUGCCGCGCCUCAAGGAUCUUAACCUCAUGUACUGUCGCAUUGCAGCGAUACGUCCACAUUCCUUCGAGGUCUUCCCGGUCCUCGAGGUUCUCCAUCUGGACGGCAACGCUCUCAUCACUAUCCCGACAGAGGUGCUGCUACCCACGCUCAAGGUGUUGACAAUGAAUGACAACCCGAGGAGCACCGGUGACGAGGACGUGGCCGCCUUCAGUAUGGACUACGUGGACUUCAGGAACAUGGAGCAGCUCACCAACGUCACUUUCAAAGGGGUCCCCCUCGGCUACGUGGAGAAACAGAACUUCAAUGACCUGCGCGGCCUGCUUGACCUAAGACUGACCUCGUGCAAGAUUAAAUAUAUCGAGGCUUUCAGCUUCGUGAAUCUGACGCUGCUACAGCGCCUCUACAUCAAUAACAACCAUCUGGAGGUGUUGCUCAACGACACCUUCGCAGGACUCGUCUCACUCAUCCACCUCGACCUCUCUGACAAUAAGAUAACCUUCCGGUCCAGCUUCGAUAUCUCACUGUCACGUGGGAUGCCUGCCCCCACUGGUGGAAAGGUGUCGCGCGCCCUGGCACUGGUCGACCUGCCCAUGGCGUUGGCAUCGUGGAUACAGAGUGGCAGCGGGGAGCGCAGUUUCCACACAGGAAGGGACACAGCCGUGAGGAAGCCAAGCUCACAACAACCGUCUCUUCCCUUCGAGGGCCUAACGGCACUGCGGCACCUCGACUUAUCCAACAACGGAAUCCGUUACCUAACGGCGAGCCAUUGGAGGGACCUGCAGCAGCUGGUGAGGCUGACGCUGAUGAACAACAACGUGCAAGAGUGGUAUUACCACGUGUUCUACAACCUGAGCCACCUCAGCGAGCUGGUGUUGUCGUACAACUCUCUGAGCCUGAUCACGGAGGCAAUGUUGGAGGACUUCUCGCUGGACAGCCUGACGGUGGUGGAUCUGAAGCACAACGCCUUCCAGUGCGACUGCUCCCUCGCCAAAUUGAAUGGCAGCAUCAACACAUCCAUCUUCCUGGACUUCUCCUCAUACAGCUGCUCGCAGGAAGGCCACGACUUGUCUUUUGAAGAAUUUACAUCCACCGCUGUCUGCCCGUCACACGCCCAGAACGAGAACGUGGUGGACGAUUCCGCAACAGGCAAGACAGAAAUUAUUCUCAUCUCAGUCUCCUUACUGCUUUCUGUCAUCACCUCAGUCACCCUGUACCGCAAGCGAUGGUACUUGCGUUACUUGGUGUACAAAGUGAAAAUGAAGACUGACCAGCACAAGGAGGACGCCGACCACUACCUGUACGACAUCUUUGUCUGCUACUCCCAGGCGGACCGCCAGUGGGUGUUCGAGCACCUGGUUGCCAGACUGGAGGACGGGGGCAGGUACCGCGUGUGUGUGCACGAGCGGGACUUCACGGUGGGCCAGGAGAUAACAGAGAACAUCAUCAACUCAAUAGAUCGCUCCAGGAAGGUGUUGGUGGUGCUUUCGCCGGCCUUCGUAGACAGCAGUUGGUGCAUGUUUGAGCUGCAGCUGGCCAGCCACAAGAUCCUAGAUGAACGAAGAAACAAGCUGAUCCUGGUGCUCCUUGAGGCCCUAUCGUCUCACCGCCAGCCCAAGAAACUGCGCUUCCUCCUCAAGAGCCGCACUUACCUGGCCUGGCACGCAGACCCCGAGGGUCAGCGGCUCUUCUGGGUGCGGCUGCAGCGAGCGGUGACCAAGCCCACGGCGAGUGAGAUCCUUGAGUUCACCCACAUGUAGCCGCAGCCAGGGACAGGUGCUCCUGGCGGCUCCACAAACCAUGCUGUUGGUGUGCUCACUACCUCUUGGGGCCUAGUUGACAAGCGUUUUGCUGUUGUUUCUAGGAAUUCCAAGCUUCGGCACACGUCCUUCAGGAGCAGUGGGGAGCUACACUUCCUCAUCUAGUCUUAUCUUCGGGGUUUUUAAAAUUCAAGGUGCAAAGUAAUGAAUCUCAGUAGUUAGAGCACCGGGCCGUUGCCCAGCCGCGGCAGAACUGCGCAGGGUCGCCGCUCCACGCGGCCCAUCACUCGACUACUGCGCCAGGCCUACACGUCAUGCCAGGAAUAACUUUCCUGAAAUUAUGUAACUCAUAACUUAAAUAACUGUGUGCUGAUACAUCGCCUGUCUCCAUUCGUUUGUCGUGCCAUGAGGCAGCCUUGUAGUUUGGCCUCAUACCACGUACUGGUCUGGUAUAAACCCAAGAUACUGCUCAACAUGGUGCCAGGACAGGGUCGGGGUGGCCAGCCUUCAGCCUCGCACUGCCAUAAAACUGCUUUGUGUGUAUACUCAUUACUGGUGACUUAAGUUUGACCGGCAGCUGAGGAGGCAGAAGUAGCAGAAGCCUCCCCAGGCCACUGGACGCUGUCACUGAUGCUAGCGGCGCUUCAUGCAGUGGGUACUUUCCCGCACCAUUCCCAUCACUGGGGCGCCCAACCCUGAGCGUAACCCGGUAACUUUAGCUCCUUAUAACUUGAAGCUAUAUUUAGUUCAACGUGGAGGUGACAGAUCAGUGCCCGUAUGGGCCGUGUUGAGCAACACGUCAAUGUAUGUUGUACACUGCCACCCUUGUGGGCAAGGCAACUAAGUUUUACCUGACAAUACUUAUAUUACUUUAUGCUAGGUGUAUCUAAUUAAAGAUUUAUUUGGG